AUGGCACCAUCAGCUAACAUCAACCUCUACCGUCCACCGAGCCAAGUGGAUGCUCACCUGAACGAUUAUUUCCUCAAUGAAAUGAUCCAUUCCAUCUCAGAAUCAGCUGCCCAUUCAUUGAAAACCUCAUCGGAUGCCAAACGGGCCUAUCAAGAAAAGAAAAGACUUCAACUCGGUGGAACAGGAAUCAAGGAAGAUCAAGAACCCAGUCGGAUCACUAUUCAAACUCAAAAAACAGAGCUUGAUGAAGCACAUCGAAUUCGGAUGGAUGCUGCUGGAUAUAAAGUGGGAUGGUCAUUGGCUGAAAGGUUGUCCAGAGAUAAACCGCGGAUUUCAAAAGCUGCACCAGACCCACUAGAAGUCAUCAAAUUUAUCUGUAAAGACAUUUGGACAGCGAUGUACAAUAAACAGGUAGACAACCUUAGGACAAACCAUCGAGGGAUUUACGUAAUUCAAGAUCACUCGUAUCGUGCGUUUUUGAGGGUCAGUGUUCCCAAAGGAUACGAAUCGGAAAUGGAUGAGAUCUGUAGAAAGAUGGUCAUAUUUCCUUCUGCAGUCAUCAGAGGCGCCUUGAUGAAUCUGGGAAUUCAAUCAAUAGUGUCUGUGGAGAUAGCGAUCCCUCAAUGUACUUUUCAAAUCCGCACAGCUAUUACAACUCCAAAUCCUAAUACGCCUCCAGGAAAUCCACCAAACCCAGUCAAACAAAACUGA